UCAAAAUGUUCUUCACUCUUGGACUUGGAUCGUGUGUAGCAAAAUGGCCGCUCGACCGAAGUGAAUGUGACGUUUCGUGAGGUGAUCGCAUCGUUGUUUUGUGUGAUUUCUAUGGAUAUUCGUUCAUGUGACACAGUGUUAUCGUGCCACCUGUGUUUGUCCGCAGGCCUGUUAGAAAAAUUCUAAUAUUCGAUAAGAGGGGAACAUAUCUGGAGGAUGGACAAUCAAUCUGAAGCAUAGGUUCGCACUAGGCCAUUGCGGGAGUUGCGAUGCCAACGUAUCACAAUGCGGGUGGCGGGUACCCGAAUGUGUCAGCGCCAGCGCGGCAAGCGAAGCUCGAUGGCAAUCAAAAUCACCACACGAUCCCCUCAAACGUAACGUCCCAUCCCCUUAUACAAAAUAGCACGCAACACAACGUUCCUUCCAACUUGUCUGCAAGUAACAUUCCGUCCCAUCCAGUAUCACCGACGAUGACUACGCACCCGCCGAACGUCACCGCACCUAAUAUAACCAGUCACAUGAACACCGGCUCGCUGCCGGUAAUCCUCACCUCGAACGUCACGAAUCUUAGCAAUCCAGCCGCGCUAUCGGUGAAUCCGAGGCACGAGGUCAAACUCAACGCUAUGCCAUGGUUUCACGGGAAGAUAUCGAGGGAAACUGCUGAGCGGUUGUUGCGGCCGCGCGAGGACGGCCUGUUCCUAGUCCGGGAGUCGACCAAUUUCCCGGGCGACUAUACGCUGUGCGUUUGCUAUCAGGGCCGUGUGCAACACUACAGAGUGAAAUACAAAAACAACCAAUUAACCAUCGACGAUGAGGAGUUCUUCGAGAACCUGGCGUUGCUGGUCGAGCACUAUGAACAAGACGCGGACGGUUUGUGCACGCAGUUGACCAAGUCAUUGCCUAAGCAGGGCAAACAGGACUUUUGUGUGGACCCGAAGGCGUUCGUCGAGGCUGGCUGGGUCAUCCAGACCGACGAGCUAGAAUUAAGGGAGUGCAUCGGCAAGGGAGAGUUCGGUGAUGUUCUAUUGGGCGUUUAUCGAGGCGAACGGGUCGCUGUGAAAAUGCUGAAGGACAACAGCGAGGCGGCGCAAAGGUUUCUGGCCGAGGCGAGUCUGAUGACUUCAUUGAUCCAUGAUAAUUUGGUCAAACUGCUCGGCCUCGUUUUCAAUAAUCAACACAUGUACCUGGUUACGGAGUAUAUGAGCAAAGGAUCCCUGGUGGAUUACCUAAGAUCGAGGGGGAGACUACACGUGUCCAAGAGAGACCAGAUCAACUUCGCGUAUCUGUUCAAUUUCAGCGACACGUGCGCGGGUAUGGCGUAUUUGGAGUCGAGACACGUAGUGCACCGAGAUCUAGCCGCGAGGAACGUACUCGUCGCGGAGGAUAACUCGGCGAAGGUGUCGGAUUUCGGUCUGGCGCGGGAUGAAAAUUUCUCUCUCGAAGGCGGGAAGCUGCCCAUCAAAUGGACUGCACCAGAGGCUUUAAAGCAGAAUAAGUUUUCAAAUAAGUCUGACAUGUGGAGUUUCGGCAUACUCUUAUGGGAAAUCUACUCCUUUGGACGUAUACCGUACCCACGAAUUCCGUUAGCGGAUGUCGUAAAAUGCGUAGAGAAAGGCUACAAAAUGGAGCCGCCAGACAGUUGUCCACACGAGGUUUACGAUAUCAUGAGACAAGCGUGGGACUUGCAACCGGAGAAGCGACCUACUUUCUACGACAUAAAGCUGAUGUUAGGUCAACUGAAAGCCGAGUACACCAAAGGCAUGAAUUAAAGGGAGAAGGAAGGGAGAUAUACUUAUUAUUGAUAGAGUCUUCUGUAGAGAAGAGGAAACAAAGCGGAACUAGUGUUUUCGAGACUUUUUUUUAAAUCGAAGGCAAUUUACCGGAGAGAGAGGAGUAAUUCUAUUUGUACAUUUUUAUUGUACAAAAAUAGUUGCUUGUAUUUAUUGUUACUUUCUUAUCAUCAUUUUUUUAAUUUCCUUUUUUCUAUGAAAAUUGUUUGCACAUAAAUGAAUAUACGUCAAUCGUGCCUUUGGCCAAGUUGAAGGACAGGUUCAACUUGUACAUCCGAAAUUCAGGUAGUACUUGAAAGGGUAAUUGAAAUUUCGAAGGUUUUUUACUUAAUUCUUUGUACGGUCACGUUUUAGUGAAGAGUAAAAAUGGAAAUCGUGUUUUCCGUGUAGACUCGUCGUUGCAGUGACUCGCGUAAUACUUCCAAGUGUAAGAAGCGCCUUACAUUGAACUGAAUUUAAAGAGGACGAGAAAAACAAAUACCUAUUACCGCGUAACGAUUUUGGAUUGAAACUUACAUAACGAUACUCAAAUUUUUCCACUUAUGUGUAACGGUAGAAACUGAGAUGAAUUAGAUUUUUACCGCGAACGGUUUGCCAGAGUGAUCUUUGUAUGGUAUUAGAGUGGCAGCAAUCAUAGAUUACAAGUACUUGUUAGUCGUGUAAGAUUUCAUUUUUUAAUCAAAGAUUCGUUAUAUAGGAAGUAUUAAUUUUGUAAUUAAAUUAUUUCAACAAUUAAAAGAUACGAUUAUUUAAGUUGUCCCGCGAGAUAUAUAACUAUAUAUAUUAGCGAUGUAAAUGUAUUUGUAAAUACUUUUGUACAUAUCCGAUUGUCAGAUAGGAAGAAUAAGAUAAAAUGAAAUAUUCCAAGUACGAAUUGAUAUUGGUUCAAGAGAUCUAACGAGGAUUGUCCAUACUUUUUUGUUUUUAGUUAUUAAGAUUAUUUUUAUCCGAAUUUCAGACGCAGUUGCAUAGAUAAACGAUCGGAUAAUUAUACGUUCGGAGUAAUUAUUAAAUCGUAGACGUUCCGUAUUCUACCUUCCUUCUGUAACAUAGGAGUCAUCAAUUAUUUAAUAAUUUCCCAAUGGUUAUAACGGACUAAUGAUAUUUAUUCGUAGUGCUUAGGAAGUUUCAAGCGAAAUGGAAUGAAAAGAAACUAUUUAACAAAUACUCGAGAGGUAAAUUCGCAAAACAAUGUUUCUCGUUACAACCAAAUAGAAUUUUAAUACCAGCCCAUUUUGCAAUGUUUCACAUAGUUUUUAUUACAGUUAUAUACACUGCCGCUCAAAAAUUUCGAAUAUCCUUCAAUUUUUCCGAUUCUCAUGUUUAACACACCUUUUUAUUAUAUAUGAAAUUUCAAAUUAAGCCAAUGAAUAAUCAUGAUUGUCAAAAAUAUCACGAUUUAUAAAGAGAAUUUGUAUAAAAUCGACAGAAGUAAGUAAUUUUCAUGAAAUCUGAUAGAAUGUAUAGAUCUUGAGAACUAAGGGAUUUUUACUAAAAUGAAAUUCUGAUGUUCUACAAAGUCAUUUAUUUACGAGUAUUUACGUAUAUUACCUGUACGUACAUAUUAUCCUAUAUAUCGAAUAUUCAUUUUCAAUUUUGAGAAAGGUUUGAAAUUCUUGAAAUAUUUGAGCGGCGGUAGUACUUGUUAUCAGAGAAUCAAAGCCAAUGUACUCAGUUCCUCGCAUUCUUUGAUUAACUGCAAUAGUAUCUGCAAGAAUAAUCGUCACGACUGAGCCGAGUUUCGUACGUAAUUUUGAACGACUGGAUCAGAUCUGUUUCGCGGACGCGUCUAGUUUGAAAGUAGUAGGUAGCCGCAUAAGUAUCUAACGUAUUUAUGAGUGUACCAGUCCGUUUAUAACUUGAUAGUAUGUAAUAUAAACUGUAUAUGGCUCUAAUCCAGUACCUAACGUUUUCUCCCGACUCGUCUUCGAUCUGUGUUUCUCUUACGCGAAGACAUCAACCAUAUCGAAUGUCAGUUGCUCCUUGCUUCAUUUAUUUCUUGCGUAGAAACUUUUGUUAAUAUCUUUUUGAGCAGCGUACAGUGUGGUGUGACAAACGUUACUCGAUGAUUUUUCUUGUGUAAUUAAUCCGUGUACGAUUUCCGACUUUGUUGUAGAGAACAAAGGCGUCAGUCUUCUAUGAAUGUGACCAGUGUGUUGGGUUCGUUUAUUUUUUACUCAAUUCAAUUUGUUAGAUUGUAAGAAAUUUAAUAUAUUAUAUAUAUUUACAUAUUGAAUAAUAAAUUACAAGGUAUUCAUGAAGAUGGAUCGCUGACUGUCCAAAAUCUAUCGACUGUUCAAUACAACUUUCUCUAAAUCUAAUCUAAUCAUUUCUUCAAUUCAUGAAGUGUUUCAACAGUUUUUGUAUGAAAUGAAAUAAAUUUUACGCUUAAUUUUCCCAUAUUUGUUAUAAAAAUAAUUAUCUCUUCCAUAAAUUGAGUUUUUAUUUUAAUUACUCGAUGGAUUUUGGAUAGAUUAAUUCGCGACGUCCGGGUGUAUUUGAAUAAUUGACUGGCUUUGGCGUGGGUGGAUGUGACAAUAGGACAUUAAGAAUUUUCAUUCUGGCCUCCAAGAGAAACAAAAUCCGAGUUGUACUAUUUCAAGGAUGUUCAAACGUUCGAUCUAUACGUUGUUACUAUAUAUUACGGAUUCUAAAAAUUCUCAGUAGGUAGAUAACUAUAGCAUUAAAAAGUCUGUUCGAUCUGUCGACUGAAAAUAAACAACCGUUAAAAGAUUAAAUAAAGCGGAAGAAGGUAUACUGCA